AUCAUGAGUGCCUGUACUGCAGAACCAAUUGCUUUUGGAAAAACCAAGGAGACCACCAGGAUUGUGAUCAUUGGAGCCGGAGUCUCAGGAAUUGCUGCUGCCACUAGACUUUUAGAACAAGGAUUUAAGAAUGUCCAGCUCUUCGAGGCGGAGGAUCGAAUUGGAGGUCGCAUAAACACAAUCCCUUUUGCAAAUAGCUUCAUCGAUCUGGGAGCUCAAUGGUGUCAUGGGGAAGAGGGUAAUGUCGUAUACGAGAGGGUUAAGGAUUUGGAUGUCCUUGAUAGGACUGGAGAUUUUGCCGGUUACUUUGCGCGUUCUAACAAGGACAUCCUUACUAGUGAUCAAUACAAGGCUCUUAUGGAAUUUAAGGACGAAUUCGAGGUAAAAUCCGAUUUUGAGGGAUCUGUAGGUGAUGCCUUUACCGAUAGCUUCUGGAAAGAUGUUGGUCAGCAAUUGGAUAAAGCCGUUGCCAAAGAGGCUCUGGACUGCUUGAAGAGGCUCAUUUGCAGCGAGGAUGCCUGCGAUCAUAUGUCCGAGCUUUCACCAAGGAAUUUUGUGAACUUUGCUGUUACCGGUGGUGAUCUCAGCUGGCGGAAAAAGGGCUACUGGAAGUUCUUAAGUCUCCUCCUUAAUGCUAACGAGGAUCAACCAGGUGACCAGGGAAUCCUAAAAGGUCACGUGCACCUCAAUAGACGAAUUGCUGAAGUCAAUUGGUCAGGAGACGGUGAAGUAACCCUUCGCUGCUGGAAUGGCCAGAUAGUCUCGGCCGAUCACGUCAUUUGUACAGUUUCCCUGGGAGUUCUUAAGGAGAAGCAUAAGCAGCUUUUUGUCCCAGAUCUUCCAGCUGCCAAGGUUAGAUCUAUUGAGGGUCUUAAGCUGGGCACUGUGAAUAAAUUCCUUUUGGAGUUUGAGGAGCAGCCUAUGCCUGAGAACAUCAGGGGCGUAGCAUUCCUUUGGCUGGAGGAAGAUCUUAAGGAGCUGCGGGGCAGCCAAUUCUUCUGGCUGGAGAGCGUUUGUAACUUCCAUCGUGUGGAUCGUCAACCACUUUUGCUAGAGGGUUGGAUCAUCGGUGCCCAUGCCCGGUACAUGGAAACCCUUAGUGAGGAGAAGGUACUCGAGGGUCUUCUAUGGCUAUUCAGGAAGUUUCUAAAGUUCACCAUACCCCAUCCCAAAAACUUCUUGCGCUCUCAGUGGCACUCCAAUCCGAACUUCAGUGGCAGCUAUAGUUUCUAUCCGACCUACGCAGAUGAACUUCGCACAGGACGCACAGAUUUGGGUUCACCAUUGGUGCAUGUUUCGGGAAGACCCAGGAUCCAGUUCGCCGGAGAAGCUUCGAGUAGGAAUCACUUCUCCACAGUUCAUGGAGCCACUGAGUCGGGAUGGCGCGAGGCUGAUCGUCUGAACGAAUUCUACAAAGGACGAGCUGAAAACUAAGGCGGUGGAACUUUGAAACUUCUUUUGGUUAUCGAUUUUCAAAUUCGUAAUCAUUACAUAGAGAAGCAUUACAAUUGGAAUUGAAUUCUAGAAUCCUAAAUUUUCAAAACAAACAAACACAUUUUUAAAUAUCUUUACCCUUUUUAUUUAAAUUUUGAAACAAAUAAAUUCCUAAAACCAAUGAAAUUGUGUAAAAAAGUUAGUUCCCAGCGUU